AUGGUUUCGAGGGAGACCUCAGGAUACCAACGCCCCAGCCGGGGCACGUCAAGCACAUCUGUGCGAAAGCAGAGAAGAGCAGAGCCGGAGAGCUUCUGCAGCAUCGAUGCAGGACAGGCUGACAAGUUGCCCAGACCGUGCAUGGGCAUAGAUGCAGAGGCGGUGUACGGCGCCAUUGAAGAGGAAGGGCCUGUGGAUUUCUCGCCCACAAGUCCUAGCAAGACCCCCACGAGUCCCACGAGCCCGGAGCGCAGUGUGGCACGGGAGCAAAAUGCCGCGCGGCAGUUUCUUUGGACCAGCCUAGAUGCAGUUAUGUUGCGGCCAGCAGAAACGGCCAGCAACUUGCCGGUUCCUUUGGCAGCUGUCCUCACGCCCUUUGCGGACACGGCAGAUUUUACUUCCUUGCCUCUCUCUGACAUCGGUUCUGACGAGCCUUUGAGAUGCCCGCGAUGUAGGUGCUAUGCAAAUCCACAUUUCAAGUGGAGUGCCAGGGAAAAUCGAAAGUUCACCUGCAACAUGUGCAGCCAUAGCCUGGAUGUUCCUCAGAAGUUCUUAGAGGAUAUGGAGCGCAAUGGCCAGUGCGCGGAUGCAGACACGCAUCCGGAGCUGGUCUAUGGAUCAGUGGACUUCACAGCCGGGGCAUUGAUUGAGCCAGACCUGCCCGGGCCCUUCGUUCCCUCGGUGUGCUUUGCCAUCGAGACCUCACCGGAUGCGAUCUCCAGUGGCUUUACCAAGGCAGCCUUGGAAGCCUUGGAGAAGGCCUUGCAGGCACCGCACACUUUGGAAAGGGAUGUGUACCUUGUCACAUUUGACGAAGCCGUGACCUUCUACGUGCCGAUCAGUCAUGGACGCUUCCGAGCAGUUGUCAUGCCCGAUAUGGAAGAACCGUUUGUUCCGGUUAGUCCGGAAUCACUCGGAGUUCAUGUGGCAGACCCAGACGGGAAGGAGAUGUUCUUGGAGCUUCUCUCCACACUGCAAGAGGAAUUCACCGACGAGGCAUCUCCUCAGUGCGGCUACGGUGGAGAGGAGAGCCCAGAUCCAUUUCACCUGGGCGAAUGCCAAGAUCUCACCAGCUCCACUGUCUUGCGCACUGGUGUGCAGACCUUGGCUGCCUUGGGUGGUGGAGAUUUGGUCCUUUUCCAGGUGUCAGUGCCAUCAACCUGGGGACCAGAGGAGGCGCCGGAAGACGACGACGUGCUGUCUCCGAAGGGUCCAUCUUCCUCGCCGAAGACACCCAAGACGCCCAAGACACCCAUCAACAUCACACCACUGAAGAAGCGAAAGAGAAGCUUCCUCGAAGAGAUGCAUCGAAGUUGCUGUCGCACAGGCGUGGCAGUGUCGGCGGUCACUGCAACAAGUGAUGGAGAUGUCUCAAGGUUGCAUUGGCUUCCAUGGCGAACUGGCGGUGAUGUGCUACACAUGCCGAGCUUCACUCCGACGGCCACUCAGAGCAUGUCCAGUCACUUGCAGCAUUGGCUGCAAAAGAUGCAAGCCAGUGCAUACAACUGCGUUGUGAAACUCCGAUGCAGCAAAGGUCUCAGUUGCAAGGCUUUGUUGGCACCAUGGCCAGCAGCUGCCUCCUCUGAAGACCAAAGCGCUUUCGAGGUGCCACGCUUGUCUCCAGAUAUGUCAGUGACCUUCUCUUUGCUCCCAGAGGUUGAGCCAGAUAGCGAUGAGGACUACCCACGAAGUCGAGAUCGAAAAACUCUGGCUGUACAAGCAGCUAUCCUCUACACCAACUGCAAAGGUGAGAGGCUACUGAGGACACACACACGAAGCCUGACCGUAAUCAGUUCUGCAAGGCAAAUUUUUGGCAGCAUCAACAUUGCGCCACUCAUGGCUUUUCUGCUGAAGCAGGCAGCCAUGAUUGCCUUGGAUCCUGCGCAGAAUGCGAAGUUACCAAGGGACAUGCUGCUUGAGAGUUGUUUGCAGAUUCUCGCUUCAUUCCGCCGCCGGUGCUUGGACUACAACAGUGCCAAAAAGGCCAUGGUGCAGCUCUCAGGAAGUGCUCAAGCAGAAGCUGGAUCCUUUCAAAUGUCUGAAAUUGGUUUCUUGAAUAUGAUGAAUGACGUCUAUUUCCGGGGUAGAGAGGAGAAUUAG